AGGGGGCGGGAGCCAAUGAGCGCCGGCGUUGCUGGGGGGACACUGUAGUCCAGCCAUGGCGGCUGCGUGGGUCCGCGGCCUGCGUCUCUGGCCGGGGCCCGCCGGCGGCAGGUUCCCGCUGCUGCCUCCCGUCGGGGCCUGGGCCCCGCAGAGCCGGGCGGCCUCCAUCCUGUGCUCCUGGAGGCCGGCGGGGCUCUGCCAGGGGCAGGCGCCCGGCUGGGGCCGCCCACCAGCACGCACCAAGGCGCGCGGCAACGAGUACCAGCCCAAGAACUUGAAGCGGAAGCGGACCCACGGCUGGAUGAAGCGCAUCCAUGAGGCCAGUGGCAUCAGGGUGAUCCUGCGGCGCAUGCUGAAGGGCAGGAAGUCACUGAGCCACUGAGGGACGGGCCAGCCCCAACCUCCACAGCGAUCCGGGAAACGCGACAGGGACCCAAGGAUGCUCGGCUCUGCGGCCAAUCGGGGCACUGCUUCUUCUCCCACUCCCCCAUGACUGACUUUGUCGAGCGGCUCAGUCUUAUUCUCGAGGGUGAAGUCGCUCCGUCUUGCAAGCAGAGGGAGAAAUUGUGAAACCAGAUUUGUCAUUAAAAUGAAUCAGUCUUCUGC